AGCACUUCUCCAAGGCUUCUGCUUCAGCUCCUGCCUCUAGGAACCUGCUCCUUUUAAGUUCCUGUCCUGAUGUCCUUCAGAGACUGACCCCAAAAAGGAUAGUAUCUAUGCCACAGCCAGGAUAGUAAACAGGCUUCUUGGCACCAAAUACCAGGAAGGGAAAACAUGCCAGAGUAUGGUCAAGAGAGCAUCUGUUGAUUGACAGAAAAGCUGCAGAGCCGUGGGAACACAUGGUGAAAUGCAAGGACUGUGGGGCCAUUGGUCAUGACUCGAGGAGCAGCAGGUGCCCCAACAAGUGCGGCUAUAGCCUCCUAGUGCCACAGCCUCUGAAAACCAGGAAGGAGAAAGAGAACCAGGAUCCUCACAGGCUCUUGGGUCUCCCAACACCAGGAACCAUAAACCAGGCUGAGAGAGACGAGAAACCGAAACAAGUCACCAGACAGAGUUCUGAUGAGCAGCAGGGGAAGGCACCCUUUACGGAAUUUCCCAUGAAUAGUCCAAGAAUGGAACAAGACUUCAACUUGGCGACACCUUCAGCUGCCCAUGUUUCAGGCCAACCCCUGAGGAUGCAAUUCACCAGAAUCUUUGGUGACUGCUGGAUUUCCAGGUUCAUCACAGCGGCCCCAGGAUGUGGCAUUGAAAGGGAAACACCUCCUUCUGCGUGUCCUGCCUCUCAGGAGAAUGGCGAAAGAACACGCUCCCAGGUCCCAUGGACUGUCCUUUAUGAGGACCUUCAGGUCUCCUCGUCUUCAGAGGACAGUGAUGGGGACUGAGUCGUCACCUG